CCCUGUCGCCGAAACCGAACGCCGCGCCGAACGCCGUUUCCCAGGAGUAGAGGUAGAGGAGAAAGUGCUUGAGCUUUGAAAGUACAUCAAGACAUCAAGAAUGUUGAAUAUACAUACACCCUGUCAGAUACUGAAGCAAGCCAAGCACUUAAGGAGAAUUGCUCGGUUAAUAUCAAGGAAUUCUCUUGGACCUGGACCAGCUGGUCUCAACAGCUUGCAGGAUCGACUCAUUCAAGUCUACCCAGAGGUUGCAGAGGCAAUUGUCAGCAAGAGGCCAGUGGUUGCAUUGGAAUCAACCAUUAUUACUCAUGGAAUGCCAUACCCUGAAAAUCUUAAAGUGGCCAAAGAAGUAGAGAAGAUUGUAAAAAACAAUGGAGCAAUACCAGCCACUGUGGCAGUCAUGUCUGGGAAAAUACAUGUUGGUUUGUCUGAAGAAAACUUAGAGAGCCUGGCUCAAGAUACAUGUGCUGUUAAGACAUCUAGGAGAGACUUACCUUAUGUCAUCAGCAAGGGUCUGACUGGAGCCACUACAGUUUCAAGCACGAUGAUUGCUGCAAAUACCACAGGGAUUCCAGUGUUUGUUACGGGAGGUAUUGGUGGUGUGCACAGAGGAGCACAGUCAACAUUUGAUAUCAGUGCAGACCUUACUGAGCUUGGAAAAACUCCUGUGGCUGUGGUGUGUGCUGGAGCUAAAUCUAUUUUGGAUAUUGAAUUAACUCUGGAAUAUUUAGAAACACAAGGUGUUCUAGUUGCGACAUAUGGAGCAUCCCUAGACUUUCCAGCUUUUUUCACACGACAAAGUGGAUUUAAGUCUGCUUGCAGUAUUCAGUCCCCUGAAGAGGCAGCCAAAUUAAUUGAUGCCAAUCUAUCACUGGGAUCAAGUAGUGGAAUUGUUUUAGCUGUACCAAUCGACAAAGAGGAAGCUGCAUCUGGAGAGGAUAUAGAGAAUGCAGUUCAACAGGCUCUGAAGGAAGCUAGGGAAUCCAGCGUUGUUGGGAAAGAAGUUACCCCCUUUGUGCUUCAGAGAGUAAAUGAGCUCACUGAGGGUCAAUCACUUCAAGCCAACAUGGCGCUUAUGAAAAACAAUGCUAAGAUAGGAAGUUCAAUUGCUGUUGAAUUGUGCAGAAUACAAAAACUCAAAGAAAAGCGGAAAGUUGUGAAUGUUCAAGGAAAAGUACGGGGUUUUCCGGACUCAACUACAGAGUGGAACAGGUUGCAAAGACCAGUUGUAAUUGGUGGGUCCAAUGUGGAUUUUAUUGCAACAGCUGAGAAGAUUAUACCUGAAGCGUCCAAUCCUGGCCAGGUGAGGAUGAGUUUUGGUGGAGUUGGAAGAAAUCUUGCUGAAUGCCUUGCUCGUCUUGGUUUGAAGCCAGUGUUUGUAUCUGCAGUAGGAAGUGAUCCUCUAGGAGUCAUGAUGCUUAAACAUUGUGAAGAAGUUAACAUGGUUACACGUGGUAUAUAUACCUCCAAGGUGAAUCACACUGGAACUUACUCGGCUAUACUGAGUCAAAAUGGCGACUUUCACGUGGCAGUCGGUGACAUGGACAUUCACAAAGUUAUUACACCUGAUAAUAUUUCAGCUUUUGAAGAACCAAUCAAACACGCGCCACUGGUAAUGGUGGACGGUAACAUCACUGAAGAAGCUAUUGAUCAUGCGUGUCACUUCUGUGCAGCCAAUCACAUUCCAGUUUGGUUUGAGCCCACUUGCAUCAUGAAAUCAGAAAAACCUUUCCGCUCUGAUGCCUGGCACAGCAUAACUUACGUGUCGCCAAAUCUGAAAGAGCUUCGAACUAUGAGUUCCGCGAUAGUGACGCAAGAAUCACAAAAUCACAGCCAUCUUCCUCAAAACAACAACAAAGACGAUAAAGAAAAAGAUCGACCACUGGAUGACAUUAUAACCGAGUGUUUACAUCUUUGUAAGCCACUUUUAAAGCAUAUUCAUUGCGUCGUGGUAACUCUUGGAAAACAUGGUGCCCUUAUUUGUAGAGAUACUGCCGCUGACACUCCGUUUCCGACGGCUCAUCAUUUAAGUAAUUUACCAACGCGCCAACACAGUCUGGUGUCAGCACGACACUUUCCCGCGUUGGGGCCAGGCAGUCACAUGCUAGUGGGAAAUGUUACGGGUGCGGGCGAUAGUUUUGCAGCAGCAAUGGCUUCCUUUAUAAUUCAAGGUUUCUCUCCGGACAUUUGUGUGAAGGCUGGGAUUCUAGCCGCCCAAUAUUCUCUCCAAUCACAGGACGCUAUUGCGCCAGCAGUUUUUCCAGAAAAUUUCACUCCUGAGAAUGUUGAAGUUUGUAUACCCUGGGAUGCCAAAGAUAUUGACAUUGACCUAUCCUAGUAUCGAGUUGGUCGGUGAACAUAAAGGGCUGAUUAUUUAAAUGAUGCUUAGCUUAGUUUAAAGCGUGAUUUAGCCUCUUGCAAUUCUGGUACGGUAAAACCUGGUUUAUCUUGAGCCGCGUCUUGACGAAGUUUAUCUGGGAACUAAUAAACUAUAGCAAACUACAAA